CCCCCACUUGUUCCAUGCCGCUCUCGAGUGAAGACUCGCUUUCCAAAGGAGAUAUAGGGGGAAAGGUAUCGGCACAGCCUGAAUAUCUAGGCCCUUCCAGUAAAAUGAGCCCACCAGACAUCUCCAACAGCACAGGAGAGGGAGAGGCUGGUGAAACCGAUCCCUCCUUUCUGUUUAACGACAGCACGGGAUUACACCCACCUGGUUUCCACAAAGACAUCACCAAGCACCUUGCGGUCCAGAUCACCUUGAUCACAGCUUAUUCAUUUAUCAUCUUGCUGGGGCUGCUGGGCAAUUCUCUUGUCAUCUACAUGAUUGUUCGCUACAAAAACAUGCGGACAGUGACCAACUUCUUCAUAGCUAAUCUGGCUCUAGCAGACCUUCUUGUAAACACUCUCUGCCUACCCUUCACAUUGGUUUACACACUGCUGGAUGAGUGGAAGUUUGGGGCUGUGUUGUGCCACAUGGUGCCCUUUGCCCAGGCCCUGAGUGUGCAUGUAUCUAUCCUGACCCUGACUGUCAUAGCUCUGGAGCGUUACCGCUGCAUCGUCUUCCACCUGGGUCGGCGUCUGACUUGGCGCUCCAGCCUCCUCAUUAUGGCAUUCACCUGGACUAUAUCUGCUGUCUUGGCAGCACCCCUGGCCAUCUUUAGAGAAUACCGCAAUGAAGAGAUCUCCUCAAUCAACCUGCGCAUCGCUGUCUGCUCUGAGAAGUGGCCCAACGGGACCAACAGGGAUGGAGUCAUCUACAGCCUCUUAAUGCUUCUCCUACAGUACAUUAUUCCCUUAGCCAUCAUCAGUUAUGCUUACAUAUGCAUAUGGAUCAAACUGAAGAAUCACGUCAGCCCCUCCAGCCGUAACGACAGCAUCAAUCGACGUAAAAAGACCACAAAGAUGCUGGCGCUGGUGGUGGUGGUGUUUGCCACCUGUUGGCUGCCUUUUCAUGUGUUCCAGCUGGCCAGCGAUCUGGAUCUGGUACUCAGGUUCAAGGAGUAUAAACUCUUUUACACAGUGUUCCAUAUUGUGGCUAUGUGUUCGACUUUUACCAACCCUCUUCUGUAUGGGUGGAUGAAUAAGAACUACAGGAACGGCUUCCUCAUGGUGUUCCGUUGCGAGGACAAGCCCGAUUCUUUCCAUCCGGAAGGUUCGUUCAGGACACGCUCCAUACGAAAGAUGACUCUGAAUGGUCGUAACGGGGGACACCCUCCCACUGCUGUGUGAGAGAUGCACAAUAUAAAAGGGCAGUAGAACAUGAGCACAUUAAGCCCACCUCUGUUUUGCAGAGAGUGUGGUUCAGAAGUAGCCUUUUUAACUUGAAUGGUCUGAUCUUGAGUUUUUAUGUCACUGAAAAGGGCCAAAAGCUUUGCAUGUAAUUUGCUUAAUGUAGGCUCUUCUUUCCUAUGUGAAUGUUAAUAGUGAAACGUCAAACUUAUUCAGAUAUGUGUUUAAAAUGUUUACGUGAGUGCUAUAAAACUCGGAACUAAUGUAUACUGUGCUCUUCUGUAAAUGCGAAAUUCUUGUUGGUAAAUAAUGUCCAAAUUAAUAUAUUUACUUGAGGGAAGACAGUAAUUUAUUGUGACAGUAGGAGCUGAAUUUUACACACUUUCACUCUAUUUCUUGGCUGCUCUAAAUAUUUGUAUGAUUCUCACUUAAUUAAUCCUAUGACUUGGAUUAAUGACAGUGUUCUAGCUGAAUAACAUAAAUCCUUGUCCCUGAAUUCGAAUGGGGGUGCUAUCACCAAUUUUCCAUCCAAACAGGAAGUUAAUUGUCUUCACCUGGCAACCAGCUGUUCCUGAUUAGAUGGACCAGCGGGACUGUUUUCAGAGGAAUAGGAUUGAAAACCAGUGACCUGUGUGAAGAAUGAGGAAUGUGCUGUUGAUAUCUUCAUUACAGAAGCUGAUUUGAGAAGAUGUGAAAAGAAUGGGCAACUCAGUGUUCAUUAAGCUGCAUCUGAAGUGUCCUUGUUGAUGGUCUUUAUGAACACAGACAUUAAUCAACCAGAGCUCCUCUGGGCGCACAUACUGAGCCUCAACAGUAAACCCCAUACCUGAUUUGUACAUUAAGAGAUAUUAUUUGUGUCUCCAUGUCAAAUAAAGCAAUCUUGGCUUGUGUGUGUAGGGUAAAUGCCAGAUCCAUCUGAGUGUAUAGUAAAAUGGAAUAUAACUUCUUUAGCAGCACCCUGACUCAAUUCUUUUGAGGAUAUACAGUAGUCCAGUUAUCCGGUGCAUGCAUUCUGGAUGUACCUUCAAUAUGCAGAAAGGAUACUUCUUUGAAACUAACAAAUGAAAAAUCCAUCUGUACAUCU